AAGAAAUAUAGCUAAUCAAUCAAGCCAAGUUGAAAAAUGGGUGCUUUUGCAAUGGCAGUGGCUCUUUCUGUGGAGAUGCUUUUGUUCUCCUCUUUGUUUUUGCUACCAAUUUCUGUGAUUUCCCAAAAUAAUGGAAGAGUAGCAGUUGGGAGUUCUCUAACUGCAACUACAGGCGACUCCUCAUCAUGGCUUUCUCCAUCCGGUGAUUUCGCGUUUGGAUUUUCGCCCCUCGGAAACAAUGAUCGUUUCUUGCUUUCGAUAUGGUAUGCGAAAAUCCCAGACAAAACCGUAGUUUGGUAUGCAUAUGACGGUAACAACCCCAUGGUUGCACCUGGGGGAUCAGUUCUGAACUUGACUGCCAACAGUGGACUAGUUCUUAACAAUCCUCAGGGUGGAGAGAUAUGGAAAUCCGAAAUAACCUUGGGGACUGUUGCGAACGGGGUCAUGAAUGACACCGGAAACUUUGUCCUUCAACACCAAAACUCGGGGAGCUUGUGGGAGACCUUCAGCAGUCCUACAGACACCGUUUUGCCUGGACAGACAAUUGAGAGAAACGGGACGCUUUCGUGUAGACAAUCGGAGACUAACUACACAAAAGGGCGGUUCCAGCUGAGCUUGCAAGGUGAUGGAAACCUCGUGCUCAUUUCCGUCACAACAGAUAAUGCCAACAUCCCUUACUUCUCCACGAAGACCACCUCAGGGAACGUGCCAGGUAGUCAAGGCAAACGAUUGGUGUUCAGCAGCUCAGGGGACAUGUUUGUUCUAAGAGAAAAUGAUGGAAGAGUUCCUCUUAAGGGGACAGAGGGAGUGUCGGUGAGGGACAACUACAUAAGGGCAACUCUUGAUUUUGAUGGGAUUUUCGCUUUAUAUUCUCACCCGAAAAACUUCACGGGAAAUGCAAGUUGGAUUAGUCCUCUGGUGUAUAUGCCGGAUGAUAUUUGCCUACGACUGGGCGUUGGUGUUUGCGGUUACAACAGUACCUGUAUGCUCAAACCAGAUAAAAGGCCAACCUGCGAAUGCCCAAAAGGGUUUUCUUUUCUUGAUCCGAAGGAUAUAUACCGAGGCUGCAAACCCGAUUUGAGCCGGAAAUCUGUGACACGCGUGGAAUCAGUAUUAUUAGCAGAUAAAUGGGUUUGGAUUGGCAUUUCUAUAGCUGCUGCUCUAGUGCUUUGCACCGCGUACUAUCUACUCCGACGAAGAAGAUCAGCCCUUGCAUCAGCUGGUGAGAACUGGCCAGAGAUUGAGAACGAAAUGCUUAUCUUCAUGAAAUCUAAGCGACAUCAUGAUUUUAGCGUUUUUAGCUAUUCAUCCAUCGUGGCUGCCACAAGAAACUUCGCUGAAGAAAACAAGCUAGGACAAGGAGGGUUUGGACCGGUUUAUAAGGGGAAAUUGGCGACGGGACAAGAAAUAGCUGUGAAGAGGCUUUCGAAAUGUUCAGGGCAAGGAACAUCAGAAUUCAAGAAUGAACUGAUACUUAUAUAUGAACUCAAACAUACAAACCUGGUUCACCUUUUCGGAUUUUGCAUUCAUGGUGAAGAAAUGAUGUUGAUAUAUGAGUAUCUGCAGAACAAAAGUUUGGACCACUUUUUAUUUGAUCCAAUCAGAGGUCUACUACUAGAUUGGAAGAAGCGUUUUAGCAUUCUCGAAGGAAUUGCUCAAGGGUUGCUUUAUCUGCACAAAUACUCAAGAAAGAAAGUAAUUCAUAGAGAUGUAAAAGCUAGUAACAUACUACUUGAUGAAAACAUGAACCCAAAAAUUUCAGAUUUUGGUAUGGCAAGGAUUUUCACCCAAAAUGAAUUGGAAGCAAACACUAGAAAGGUUGUGGGGACACUUGGUUACAUGCCUCCAGAGUCCGUGGGGGGAAUUAUUUCUGUAAAGUCUGAUGUCUACAGUUUCGGGGUAUUGAUGCUUGAAAUCAUAAGUGGAAGGAAAAACAACAGCUUUUACAAUGACGAUCGCGCACUCAAUUUAGUAGGAUAUGCAUGGGAGUUAUGGAAAAAAGGUGCAGGGCUAGAAUUAACGGAUCCAACAUUAGGAAAUUCGUUUAUUAAAGAGCAACUGUUAAGAUGCAUCCAUGUCGGUCUGCUUUGCGUAGAAGAAAAUGCAGCAGAUCGCCCUACCAUGUCAGAUGUCAUAUCUAUGUUGACAAAUGAAAGCUUUCGAUUAGCAUCACCAACAAAGCCAGCAUUUUUUGUUGGAAGGAGGACGGUGGAGGCUGGUAUAAGUGGGAAUCAGCAACUUGAAACUGUUGCUUCAGCAAACUACAUGUCCAGUUCAGAUUUUGAAGCGCGUUAAUUAAAGGAGGUUAUGCAUCAACUGGAGUUGGCUGAUGGCUUUUGGCACCUUUCAAGAUACUUGAGAAGUUUUAGAGUUUAAUUUACAGAGGGUGCUUGCUUCUGUAGUCCCUAUAUAAAAUAAAAUUAAAAUAAAACUAGAUGCUCAUUUAUUACCUUUGAAUUAAGGAUAUGUGAUGAUGAUGAUCCAUGAAGUACUGUGAUAUAUAAAAUAGUAUGUCUUUCAUUCAAUUGAAAAUUUUCGUAUUGUUUGAUGGAACGAGAAGGCUUUUGAUAAGCAUAUGUUAGAAACACUCAAAA